UCCAGUCCAGUCGAGCUGUGCUCUCCUGAAUAUUCAGACAGCGAUAGGAUCAUUACUGCAUUUGGAUUUGUCUUAUUUUCUCUAUGGCUUCUGCUGAAACAGACCCCAGGGCGCCUUUCUCUUUGGGUCCCUACUAUGUCUCUGAGGACCUCGGCUUUAUCCUUAAGGAACCCCUGGGAGAGCUUCCACCUUACUACCAGCCAUGGAUGGAAAUUGCCCUUAAUGUCCCAGAGCUUGUGCACAGUCACAAGUUGCGCUCCUCUAUUACUGAGAUGCCGCUGCUGAGCACCAAGUUUCUCCAGAAACACAGAGAGCUACGACUUGCCCACCUGGCCCUCAGCAUGAUGACCAUGGGUUAUGUUUGGCAGGAGGGAGAGAAUGACACUGUUGAGAUGCUGCCAUGUAACCUCGCUGUUCCAUACUGUGAAGUGUCACAGCGCUUAGGACUUCCCCCAAUUCUCACACAUGCAGAUGCAGUAUUGGCUAACUGGAGGAAGAAGGAUCCAGAAGGGCCUUUUGACAUGGAGAACCUGGAGUUGCUGUUCAGCCUCCCAGGAGGAGACAGUGUCAGAGGUUUCUUCCUGGUCACUCUGCUGGUGGAGCUGGCAGCAGCUCCUGCAAUAAGGAGUAUUCCUGUGGUCAUCAAUGGUGUAAGGUGUGGUGACACCAACGCUGUGGCCGGAGCCCUGGAGACCAUCAGCCUGUCUAUAGAGGACAUGACAGACGCACUCAAACUCAUGCAAGUGUAUGUGGAGCCUUCAGUCUUCUAUGGAAUUAUGAGGAUCUACCUGUCUGGGUGGAAAGACAAUCCUUCUAUGCCAAAAGGCCUGGUUUACGAAGGGGUAGAAAAAGAGCCACUGGAGUACUCUGGUGGUAGUGCUGCACAAAGCAGUCUAUUACACUGCUUUGAUGAGCUUCUGGGAGUCAAACAUGAAGAACAAAGUUGUUCCUUUCUGACCCGCAUGAGGAGCUAUAUGCCACCUGCUCACAAGCAACUGAUUCAAGACAUCUCUUUGCAACCGUCCUUAAGGAGUUUUGUCCAGCAGCAGGCCAGUGAGCAUCUCAGUCAAGCCUAUCAUCUCUGCGUCUCUAAACUCUUGGCUCUGCGCAGCUAUCACAUCAAUGUCGUGAGCCGUUUUAUCACUGUGCCUGCUGCCCGUGCUCGACAGCUCCGUAACCAGAGCCAGGAGUCCAAGGAAAUGAUCAGCAGAGCCCCCACUGCACUGGAGGAGAGGGGCACCGGUGGCUCCGGCAUCAUGACCUUUCUAAAAAUAGUGAGGGACCAUACGAAAGAUGCCCUCCUGCCCGGGACGACAAAUACAUAAAAACAACAGCUCAUGGGAACUAAUAUCCACGAGAAUACCCAAAGCCGUCAGGCUAUUUUAUAUCUAAUAAAAGGAUGACUUUUGGAA